AUGGCAUCGCUCAUGGAUCACCAAGCUCGCGGUGAGACCAUCGGAUACUCCUUCUCUGAGCACACAGCUGCCGGCGUCAAGCAGCAUGGAUUCUACCCUUACACCGAUAAUGGUGGCUCGACUCUGGGCAUCACAGGCUCCGAUUUCGCCAUCCUUGCUGGCGACACCCGUUCCACAUCAGGCUACAAUAUCAACUCUCGCAUGGUUCCUAAGGUCUUCAAGAUCGGUGGUGAUGAUGAGACCGGUGAGGGAGCGAACAUUCUCCUGUCUGUGGUGGGAUUCGCCGCGGACGGCAAUGCCCUCAAGGAACGACUGGAUGCCGUGGUGAAGAUGUACAAGUAUCAGCACGGGAAACCCAUGUCCGUCUCUGCUUGUGCCCAGCGCCUGUCGACCAUUCUGUACCAGAAGCGAUUCUUCCCCUAUUAUGUACACGCCAUUUUGGCCGGGUUGGACGAGGAGGGCAAGGGAGCUCUGUACAGCUACGAUCCCGUGGGCUCAUACGAGAGGGAGCAAUGCCGUGCUGCCGGUGCUGCCGCGAGUCUGAUCAUGCCGUUCCUGGACAACCAAGUCAACUUCAAGAACCAAUACAUUCCCGGCAGCGGAGAGGGACAUGCGCUGGAGGCGAAGAAGCCCGAGCCUCUGCCCCAAGAAACAGUCAAGGCCCUUGUCCGGGAUGCAUUCACAAGUGCGGUGGAGCGGCACAUCGAGGUUGGCGAUAACUUGCAAAUGAUGAUUAUCACCAAGGAUGGGAUCCAGGAGGUGUAUCACCCGCUGAAGAAGGAUUAG